CUGCCACAGUCGGCUGCCUUUCCAGUUGCACAGCAGCCCCAGUGUGACCCCCAAAUGUCAAUGCAGAGUUGCCCAUUGUGUUGGCCAAUGACACUAAUACCAAUGCAGGUGUGAAAAAUUCCCUGAUAGCCAAUGACAUGACUUUCCAAACAGCAAAGAUUCCUUGGAGUCCAGAGAAUAAACGCCCCCAAAUGCGGAUGGUAAAAAAAGUCUUGGAUACUGAGGACAAGGCCGCCUUCCGCCUUCAUGACAGCAUGCCCCGAUACAUAUAUUUUGCAGCCAAUAGUACAAACAAGUGGGGCCAUAAACGUGGCUAUCGGAUCCAGAUAGUCAGUUUUUCUGGGGAUCACUUGCCAGAAACAGACCCAAUGGAGCGCGCCAUCAGUUGGGGCAGGUACAAGCUGGCUGUCACUAAGCGGAAGGAGAACGAACCAUUCAGCACCAGUGUCUAUAAUCAGAUGGACCCAUGGACACCUUCAGUUGCUUUUGCUGACUUCAUAAACAAUGAGACCAUAGUCAAUGAGGAUCUGGUUGCCUGGAUCACUACUGGAUUCCUGCAUAUUCCACAUGCUGAGGACAUGCCCAACACAGUGACACUUGGGAAUGUGGUUGGCUUCCUUCUGAGACCCAACAACUAUUUUGAUGAUGAUCCUUCUAUGUAUUCUCCUGACAGUGUUUUCUUCACUGGCCAGCAGGACCCUACUUCCUGCAGUGUCAACCACCUUGCUUGCCUUUCAGAAAUAACUUCAUGCUUGCCCAACUUUCCACCUUUUACUUAUGAGGGCUUCCAAAACCAGACAAUGGACUGAUUUCUUCUGAACUCCACUGGUUGGUAGGGGUGUGCAUUUUGGAAUUUUCUCGUUUCAAUUUGUAUCCGAAUCAAAACACCCCCAUUUUGUUUUGUAGCCAAAUUUUCAGAAUCCGAAUCACCCCUGUUUUGUUUUGUUGCUGAAUUUUCAGAAUCCGAAUCCAAAUUGAUUUGGAUUUUUAAAAAGGGUCCCAGGGCAAAAAGAGUGGGUGGUCGUGGUAGUGUUCAAUGGGUAGAAGCUACCACCCAAAUUUCAAAG